CAUGAAGAACACACGAGAAGGUAACAUCAGCACAACUUUUUCUCCUAAUUAUUUUUUAAAUUAAAUAAUAUAUACUUCUUUCCUAGGCACUCUCCUUGAAGCCAAAGGCCAAUAAAUUGCACCCAAACAACACCACUCUUCACACUCUCACAGCAAAUAGUCCUAUAGUCACUGCCUAUUAAACAAAUGGAGAAGUUUCCAGUAGUUGACAUGAAGAAUCUUAACACUGAAGAGAAAGCAUCAACCAUGGAGAUCAUAAAAGAUGCUUGUGAAAAUUGGGGUUUCUUUGAGUUGGUGAACCAUGGGAUAUCCAUAGAGUUCAUGGACAAAGUUGAGAAGCUGACAAAAGAAAACUACAAGAAGCGUAUGGAGCAAAGGUUCAAAGAAAUGGUAGCAAGCAAAGGUUUAGAGUUUGCUCAGUCUGAAAUUAAUGACUUGGAUUGGGAAAGCACUUUCUUUUUGCGCCACCUUCCUAACUUUAACAUAUCAGAGAUCCCUGAUCUUGAUCAUGACUACAGGAAGAUAAUGAAGGAAUUUGCAGUGGAACUUGAGAACCUGGCUGAGCUACUUCUUGACUUUCUGUGUGAGAAUCUUGGGCUAGAGAAAGGUUAUUUGAAGAAAGUCUUUCAUGGAUCCAAGGGACCAAAUUUUGGAACCAAAGUUAGCAACUACCCUCCUUGUCCUAAGCCAGAUCUUAUCAAAGGACUCAGAGCCCAUACAGAUGCUGGUGGCAUAAUUUUACUCUUCCAAGAUGACAAGGUUGGCGGACUUCAGCUCCUUAAAGAUGGCCAAUGGAUUGAUGUCCCACCAAUGCGCCAUUCCAUUGUUAUCAACCUUGGUGACCAAAUUGAGGUGAUUACCAAUGGCAAAUACAAGAGUGUGUUGCACCGUGUAAUUGCUCAAACAGAUGGGAAAAGAAUGUCCAUAGCUUCAUUUUAUAAUCCAGGCAAUGACGCAGUGAUCUCUCCAGCACCAGCCUUGGUGAAGGAAUUAGAUGUGACAAACCAAGUUUACCCAAAGUUUGUUUUUGAUGAUUACAUGAAACUCUAUGCUGGCCUUAAUUAAAUGCCAAGCCAAAGAGAGAGCCAAGAUUUGAAGCUAUGAAGGCCAUGGAAUCCAACAUUCCCAUACCAACUACCUGAACAUAUGAUGAGAAAAGUCUAUGUAUAAAUUAAUUUUGUAUGUUUAUUUGCUAAGGUUUCUGAAUGCUUUUGGUCUCUUUGAUUUGUAGCAUAAAUAAAUAUGUAAUAUAUAGUUCCAAAAAUAAAAUAUUAGCUUGAUAUGAUAGUUUGUGAUGGUUAA